UGUGUUGGAAAAAGGACUUUGUGAAACUGCAGCGAUGUCAGUCCAGGUUGUGGCAGCGAAAAUGGCAGAGGUCGAUCUCAAAGACGUCCCCAGCAGCAAAGACCUGCCCGCGGGAUCCCCGGUGUCCCCCGCGGCAGAGGGAAAAAACAUCGCCAAAAACGAGGCCAGUUCCUCCGCCGCAGCCUCCCCAACAGCGGAGUCCUCCUCUGCGAAAGCCGGGGAAGGAGCGCUCAACCCGAACCCCGGGAAGAUGCCUCAAGCCUCGGCUAUGAAGCGCACGGAUCCGCAGCAAAACGGCGGGGAGGCGUUUGUCAACCGGGACGGGACAGUGGCCGAAGCUCCGCGGAUGAAAAAGAUCCAGUUUGCAGAUCAGAAACAGGAGUUCAACAAAAGACCCUCCAAAAUUGGACGCCGUUCACUGUCACGCUCCAUCUCUCAGUCCUCCACAGACAGCUACAGCUCAGCGGCCUCGUACACAGACAGCUCUGAUGAUGAGACGUCUCCUCGGGAUAAACAGCAGAAAAACUCAAAGGGAAACGGAGACUUCUGCAUCAAAAAUAUCAAACAGGCUGAGUUUGGACGCCGUGAGAUCGAGAUCGCGGAGCAAGAGAUGCCAGCGCUGAUGGCUCUGAGGAAGAGGGCUCAGGGGGAGAAGCCUCUGGCCGGUGCCAAAGUGGUCGGCUGCACCCACAUCACUGCACAGACAGCUGUCCUGAUGGAGACUCUGUCCGCUCUGGGGGCUCAGUGCCGGUGGGCCGCCUGUAACAUUUACUCCACUCAGAACGAAGUGGCAGCUGCUCUGGCCGAGGGAGGUUUCAGUGUCUUUGCGUGGAAGGGUGAGUCAGAGGAUGACUUCUGGUGGUGCAUUGAUCGCUGCGUCAACGUCGAAGGCUGGCAGCCCAACAUGAUCUUGGAUGAUGGAGGAGAUCUCACUCACUGGAUCUACAAGAAAUAUCCAAAUAUGUUCAAAAAGAUCAAGGGCAUCGUAGAGGAGAGUGUUACCGGGGUGCACAGGUUGUACCAGUUGUCCAAAGCGGGGAAGCUGUGUGUUCCAGCCAUGAAUGUGAACGACUCUGUGACGAAGCAGAAGUUUGAUAAUCUAUACUGCUGUAGGGAGUCUAUCCUGGACGGCCUCAAGAGAACCACUGAUGUCAUGUUUGGAGGAAAGCAGGUGGUGGUGUGUGGAUACGGAGAGGUUGGAAAAGGCUGCUGCGCCGCUCUCAAAGCCAUGGGCUCCAUUGUGUACGUCACAGAGAUCGACCCCAUCUGUGCCUUACAGGCCUGCAUGGAUGGAUUCAGACUGGUCAAACUCAAUGAAGUCAUCAGACAAGUGGACAUCGUCAUCACAUGCACAGGAAACAAGAAUGUGGUGGUGAGGGAGAACUUGGACCGGAUGAAGAAUGGCUGCAUCGUCUGUAACAUGGGACACUCCAACACUGAGAUCGAUGUGGCCAGCCUCCGGACCCCAGAGCUGACCUGGGAGAGAGUGCGCUCACAGGUGGACCAUGUGAUUUGGCCCGACGGCAAGAGGAUAGUCCUGUUGGCCGAGGGUCGACUGUUGAACCUCAGCUGUUCCACUGUGCCAACAUUUGUGCUCUCCAUCACCGCCACCACUCAGGCUCUGGCUCUGAUAGAACUCUACAAUGCCCCCGAGGGUCGCUACAAACAGGACGUGUACCUGCUCCCCAAGAAGAUGGACGAGUAUGUGGCCAGCCUCCACCUCCCCACAUUCGACGCACAUCUGACAGAACUCAGCGACGAACAGGCAAAGUAUCUGGGUCUGAACAAGAACGGCCCCUUCAAGCCAAACUACUAUAGGUAUUAAACAGAGUUGGAUGGAGAGAGUCCUACCACUUAAUAAACCGCACAGACUCAUAUAACGGAGGAGGGGGGAGAGAGAGGGGGAGACUAAAGACCUCUGGAAGGACAGAGGUCAAACGCAUCUGCUUUUACACAGGCGGGACAGGGAGGGGAGAAGGAUCGUGACCUCUCCGUGACCUCUCCGUCACCUUUUGGGGGCAGAAUCUAUAAUUUAUUCAAGCUUUGAUCACUUCUUCUUAUAACUGUAACUUUCUGAAGCUGCUCCUACCAUUCACCUUCCAUUUGCUUUUGUCUGUGUCCGAAUACGAAUCCAUUUUUGCCACUUUCUCAUCCCCAAAAGAGUCCCAAGUGUGCGUCAAGUUGUAUGUAUUGCCUCCAUUCUCACAUCUCAUUGCCAGAUCUUUUAUUAUUAACUAUUAAAAUAACAUUAAUGAUGCGAAACUAUAUAACUAUAUCGAUAAAAUGAUUGAAAUUCUGUGUGAAAGAAGAUGAAACUAUGAAGAUUUAGUGUCUGACAUGUUUUUCCUGUUUAUGUCGUCUUUUCUACUCGUGAUUUUUUUGAUUUCCUUUUUUGUGUAACAUUACGAGGGCGGGGCUAAAUGUAGUGGGAGGGGCUAGCCAGGAUCUCAGGGUCCAAUCAUAUCAGUACUUCUAUUUCGUUCAUUGAGAUUAAUGUUUUAAACUUUUUUUUUUUACUUGUAAAAUGUUAAUUUGUCAUAGACCAGCCUGUACUGUCUCAUGUAAACUCAAAACAGGUAAAAUCAUCUCAUCUCGGUUCCUAUCUACACCAGUGUUCACGUAAUUCAAGUGUUUUGGUAACACUUUAUGAUAACGACACUUUAAUUAAACAGAUAAAGCCUAAACAAGGACCUAAUUUGUAAUGAACAAAUAGUUUUGAAUGAUUCUGGCUUGGUAACUACUUUAAGCUACAGUAUGUAACUUUUUAGGUAAAAAACUAAAAUACAAGCUUUUAUUUUUUCGUAAUUUUAGUUGAGUUUAACUUCUUUACUGUGAGAGGGCUUGCAUCUCCACAAAUUUGACUCCUUUUUAUCCUAUUCCUUUAGCUAUAAUCCACACUAUGGCCUAAAACUUGAUUAUUUACAUGGAGAAUGUUCCCAAGUAUGGCUUUAGUUUUCUAUUUCCAUGACGUGCCACUUCCUGGAAAUUACAUACUGUAUCUUGUUUAAUUAAUGCCCUAAACCAUUUUAUGUUACCCUGAUUCAUCAGCUGGUUUCACUUUAUAGAAACCGUCUGACCUCGCAGCAUUAGGAUUUGUUUGCUCGAUGGUAGGCAGGUCAUUUUUUUUAUUAAUCGCUGCUAUUUGGUCGUGAUGUAUGUAAUGCGCCGCUAACUAACUGGUAUAUUAAGCUUUUCCCAAAUCCCCUAAGAAGAAGGGCAAUAACGUCUUUCCCCUUGAUAAAAUUCACCAAACAUUCUCUUUGUUCCAGUUUUAAAUCCUCGAUCUCGGGAAUCGUUCCCAACACAGAAUGUAUGUCUCUUCGCUGAUCGACUGGUGCUCGGACUCACACUUCCGGGGUUUUUGUGAACCGUCUAGUGUAUUCCGAUUCCUGACCUAGUCGCCGGAGAGAAAUGAAAUUGAGUGGAGGCAAUAGGUGUUGCCUACUUGAUUUAUCUACAUGGAGAAUGUUCCCAAGUAUGGCUUUAGUUUUCUAUUUCCAUGACGUGCCACCUCCUGAAAGUUACAUACUGUAUCUUUAAUUAAUGCCCUAACCCAUUUUAUGUAGUUACUAGGCCUGAAUCUUUCUUAAUAAACUGUUCAUUAUUUAUUAAGUGUAUUUUCAUGCUUUAAUAAGAUUAAUUAAGGUGUAUCCAUUAUAAAGUGGUACCAGUAUUUCACUCUAUAUUCAGUCUAGUUAGUACUACUACUAUCACAGCUUUUACUACUAUUUACUACUGUAAGUAUUACACACAGGAGAUCAUCUUAACGGGGUAAUUUUAUUUAUAUGUAAACACAUUUUUCUAAACUUAUUUCUUUUAUUACUUCAUCUUAUAUCAUCACUUUUGACAGAAAAAAAUACUUGGUGUUUUUAAUCUAUUUGUGUAAAAAAUGUUGCUCACUAAGAAAACUGUGACGAAAUAUUUAGAGAAACCAAAUGCACACAAACUUGCCGCCAUGAUGGUACUCAAGACGUUUUCAAUCAGGUCCUCUUUCAAUACGUGGUGCGAUAACUGUCCAUCACACACACGCCAUAACUGUCUGGUACUUAGGCCUGUCACGAUAACUGCGUUUUAAGUUUGAAGUAUAAAUAUAGACGAUAAACGAUAAUACUGAAACUCAUUUAUGCCACAAACGUAAAACCCGAGAGCAGAUAUUGUUAAAAAAAUGUUAUAAAUUCAAAGUUUAAGGCUCAAAUCGUUAUCAUAUAGCCAAAAAAAUACCAGUAGUGUACAAAAAAUUAGUUUCAGCUUUUAUAUAUUGAACGAUUAGUCGAUAUACUUGUAGUAAUUAUCGUGACAGGUCUACUGGAAAUCCUAGCCCAUUACAUGGUUGGCUAUGACUAUGGUUCCUGACAGUUCUUAGCUUUUCUUCCUAAAGUUUUUGACUUGAGUCGAAUUGCUGCAAAAUCCUCUGCACAAGAAAAUGCUGCUUUAUUUAAUCUAGAAAUUCAAAUUAGUAUCGUACGUUGCAUUUAUUCUAAACCAGGGCUGCACAAUGUUAGACUUCAAAUGUGUAUGUGGGGCUACUGUCUAUUUAUACAGGGUUAUCCAGAGAUAUUUGAGAGAGUAGUUUUUUGCCAGAUGCCUUUUCUUCCAUUUUUUAAUUACCCAAAUACAGUGAGUUCAAUUUUAAGACUUCACAACACACAUAAUCAGUCGAAUCAAAACCACAAUUUGAACAUUUACAAUUAUUUCAAAGAACGCAAAUGUGUGUAGUGUCCUCUGUUAACCAAAAAAUUUAAUAAAAAUAGGUGGCGUUUUUAUGAAGCAGAAAGUAAAAAUUCUUGGUAACGCUUUAGAUUAAGGACCACAUGUUAAUAGCUGGUUAAUAGUAAAAUGCAUAAAAAGUGCUUAAUUACAUUUUUGUUAGUAUUUAUAAAGUACUUUCAAUGCAUUUUUGUCUAAGGUCGUAUUUCACGAGUACCAACUCAUUAACGAUUUUCUUCCCAUUAAAGUAGUGGAGUAGUGGAUACACUGAAAUCUUAAUAAGCAUUAUUAAAUAUUUGAUUAAUACUAACUAGUACUACUAAGUAACAGCUAAUUAGUGUACAAAUUAACACUUAGUUAGGUAGUAAUAUGUGGUCCCUGAACUAAAGUGUUAAAGUGUUCUUGUAAUGGUAAAAAAAAAAUCUGUUUCAUAAAUUUUUCAAUAUAAAAUCAAAAAUAAGAAAAUGAAAAAACAACUGCUUUCUUCAUUAUUUGUCUCCAAAACAAAAUGAAAAAAUGGACAAUGAUUUUCUGUUUAAAUGAAUACUGGAAAAAAAAAUUGAUAACGGCCAUUUCUUGUUUCCGUGACUUAAACUGCGAUGCCGGACUUUUCACUGCAUCCGGACUGAACAGGUCUAAACCAGCUCUAAACCAGAAUUGAACCAGGUCUCAGUCCCGGUCUCAGUCCCGGUCUCAGUCCCGGUCUCAGUCCCGGUCUCAGUCCCGGUCUCAGUCCCGGUCUCAGGCCCGGUCUCAGGCCCGGUCUCAGGCCCGGUCUCAGGCCCGGUCUCAGGCCCGGUCCCAGUCUGGUCCCAGUCUGGUCCCAGUCUGGUCCCGGUUUUCUGGUCACCCGACAGUCGUGGUCACACGUCCGGGCCAGUCCCGACACUCCUGGUUCAGUUCUGUUUCAGUUCUCGUUUAGUCCUGGUUUAGGAUUGAGACCGGAACCAGGACUGAGACUAGGACCAAGACCGGUUUAGAGCUGGUUUAGACCUUUUUUAGUCCUGGUUUAGUCCUAGUUCAGUCCUGGUUCAGUCCGGCAUUGCAGUUUAACUCACGGAAACAGGAAACGGACAACAAAAAUUGGUAAGAGGGCCGGAUUUGCCCCUGGGCCAUAGUUUGGACACUCCCGAUUUGUACGAUUUAUGAAUAAUAGUCUCUUUGAGUUAUUUAAAAGCAGGGCUGUAGACAGGGGGACCACAGUUGUAACCCCUACCUAUUCAUUCAUAUUAGAGGGGGGGCCUAUGUGUGACUUCUUGCCCCGGGCCCCCAAAUUUCUGCCGACGGGCCUGUUUAAAACAAUAGAUUAAAUGUCAUUGCAGUACACAGAGUCCCAUAUCACAUUAUAAUGGUGAGUAAGUGAUAUUGUGCAGCCUUGGUUCAUUGAAACAGCCUCUAUGGUCCUUACAGGGUCUUUGUUUUCAGCAGGACAACAGUUAAACCAGAAGCACCACUUUUGACACAAUUUUAUGCAUGAAAUCCAACGAUAACAUAAAGGCUUGUACUUAAACUGCACCAUCGCCUCACUGUCCCAGCUGUCUAUGUGCUGUUUGAAAGUAGCUGUAACCCCCCUGCUUUUUGUCUUAAGAUAAUUAUUAUUUUAUUUUAUUUUAUUUAAAGAAUGAAUCUUUUAAUGACCCCUCGAGAAACAAGAAAUUAUUUUACAGCUCUGUUAAAGGUGCACUGUGUAGCUUUUCUGGUUGGGGAGGUCCAUCGCCUGCUUGUUUCUAUGGAUACAUCAUUGCUCUGUUUGGAAUGUUCCACAGUAUGACUUUAAACAGCUCUACUUUGUUUUAUUCAAUUACAGGUGGUUUUAUAGCUCAAAAAUACCUAGAAAAACAGCAGGUGUUCUGACUGUGUGUGGGCUCGCCUCUCCACAGAUCUGACCUCUAACUUGGUCUGGUUUGGUCUCCAUGAAGAUAGAAAGGUUUAAUGCCACACUAUGGAACAUUCCACGCAAAGCAAUAACAUCUCCAUGGAGAAAAGCAUUUUGAAGGUGCACUGUGAAACUUUUCUGAUGGUAGAGUCAGUCACCUGGAAUGUUACACAGUAUGGCAUUACAUUCAUUUAUCUCCAUGGAGGCAGCAGGGGCCAGGUUGCGUGUCUGAUCUGUGGUGAGGCGAGCCCACACGCAGUAAGAAUGCAUGUUUUGAGGUCAAUAAAAACCCGUGCAAGAUGGAUACGUUUAAUGCCAUACUGUGAAACAUUCGAGACAAAACAAUAACAUCUCCAUGGAAACAAGCAGCAGGCAGCAGCAGGACCCUCCACCAGAAAAGUUACACAAUGCACCUUUAAAGUAAAAACAAAAAAAAGGCCACCACGGUUUAUUCCUCAACUAAUCAUUCCAGGCCAGUUGUUGUGAUUGCUUCUCUGGUCAUUUGAAAUUUGGCUUUUCUAGGCUCUAAUUAAGUUUUAUGUUGACAAAAUGUUAAAAUAGCUGUAAAUGUUUUAAUUGGUAAAAAAUGAUACGCCCAGAUAAAUAUGGUUUUGUGUCAGGGCUGCACAGUAUGAGGAUAAAAGUGACAUUUCAACAACCUAAAAUGAACUGUUUAAUACAUUUUUGUGAUUGUUUGGAUAAUAACAGCUCAGUUAAUGUAAAAAUUGUAUGUCAAAAGAUGAAACCAGAACAAAAACUGGGCUAAAUACAAUUGAAUCAAAACGAUAACGAAACUUAAAUCUUGAAUAUCAAUCACAUUUUAACUUUAAACUGCGGUAUGUAACUUUUCCAUCACCUGCUCCAUAAAAAUGUUACAGCGCUGUCUGAAGUAUUCCACAGUAUGGCAUUAAUUUAUACAUACAAGUAAAAGUUUUUUGUUUUUUUUAUUCUUACUGUGCGCAGGGUUGCCUCUCCACAGAUCUGACUUAUAACUUCACUUUUUUGAUCCACAAGGGAAAUUAUUUGGACACAGUAGCUCACACAUCACAAUAUAAAAUAAUAACAAAGAGUAAAAAAUAUAUAGAAAUGGUAAUAAUACAUUCUAAAUCGGUAGCAAAAAUGACAGAUUGGAGAUUAAGUUAAUGCUGUACAGUGGAAUAUUCCAGUAAAAGCGCUCUCUAUGGAGACAACAAUUUUUUACCUGCGAUAUUCCUUUUCUCUCAAUAUGUUUUUAUAAUCUAAUCUUGUUAUAAUAAUCACUUUGAAACAUAUUGUGCAGCCCUGUUUUCUAAUGAUUUUUUAAUAUUUUUCAGAGCUUUAUUAGUUUAGUUUUCAGUGUGGUACAUAACCGUUUCUAGGCAAUGGUUGCUACAGUAACAGAUGCCUCAGGAUCUUUCCAACGUUGUGCGGUGGGGCAUGGGAAACACCAGCAUUGUACAUGUAUAUAAACUAUACAAAUAAGACAACUGUUAAAUAUAGGAAGGCGAAGAUCGAAAACUUCUGUAUUUAUUAUUAUUGUUUUAAUUCCUCAUUACAAAGUACAAAACGGCAGAUUCUCAAAAACCUGUUUUAAGUUGUCUAUUACAGAAAACCCUAUGUUAAAUAUUGCUAGUGAUAAUAGUAGAUGAUGAGCAAUAAUUAAAUUCUGUAAUCUCAAUGAAUAAAGAUGUAAAAAUUGUA